CGCAGCUCCAGAGACAGACACACAGAGUAGAAAGCUCCGAGGAGGAGACAUGAACUCCCUCUGCUCCCUGUGAAGGUCUAAAAACAUUGGUGCUGAGCUGUUUUUGUGUGCGCCUUCACUGCAUCGUCAGUCAUGCACGUGACAUCUCAGCUGCUCAGGGGUUUGCCCCGCUCCAAGGUCUUGGCCUCCACUCUGUUACCAUGCCAACAGCACCGGUCCCAAUCAGCACAGCGACCCGCCUCCAGACGGUUGCAGGGUCACCAGCACUUACGAAGUUACCAGACUUCCGCCGUGCUAUGGAGCUACAUCCUCUCCCCACCACAGGUCAACUCCAUUCUCAAAGCCAACGAGUACAGCUUCAAGGUGCCAGAGUUUGAUGGGAAGAAUGUAUCGGCCGUAAUGGGAUUCGAGAGCAACCAGUUGCCAGCCAACGCUCCCAUAGAGGACCGUCGCAGUUCGGCCACGUGCCUGCAGACACGAGGAAUGCUGCUGGGUGUGUACGACGGCCAUGCUGGCUGCGCCUGCGCUCAGGCACUCAGUGAGAGGUUGUUUUACUACAUAGCAGUGUCUCUGCUGCCCCACGACACACUGUGUGAGCUGGAGGCGGCGGUAGAGUCCGGCAGGGCCCUCAGUCCCAUCCUGCAAUGGCACAAAAGCCCCAAUGACUACUUCAGCAGGGAGGCUCAGACUCUCUACUUCAACAGCCUGCGGACCUACUGGCAGGAGCUGAUCGAUCUAACCAGCCCGGGGGAGAUUCCAGACACCCGGGAGGCUCUGCUGAAUGCAUUCAAGAGGCUGGACAAUGAUAUUUCUCUGGAGGCUCAGGUUGGAGACCCGAACGCUUUCCUGCACUACUGGGUUCUGAGAGUCGCCUUUUCUGGAGCGACGGCUUGUGUGGCUCACAUCGACGGAUCAGACCUGUUUAUAGCCAAUACAGGAGAUGCUCGGGCGGUGUUGGGGGUGCAGGAGGAGGAUGGCUCCUUCAGCGCUCACACGCUCUCUAACGACCACAGCGCCCAGAACGAGGACGAGAUGGCUCGGAUAAGAGGGGAACACCCUCCAUCGGAGAGAAAGACCGUUAUAAGACAGGACCGGUUGCUCGGCCUCCUCAUGCCGUUCCGUGCGUUCGGGGACGUGAAGUUCAAGUGGAGCAUCGAACUGCAGAAGCGCGUGUUGGAGUCUGGACCCGAUCAGCUCCAUGAAAACGAACACACCAAGUUCAUCCCACCCAACUAUCACACACCACCGUACCUGACCGCCGAGCCUGAGAUCACGCACCACAAGCUGCGGCCACAGGAUCGCUUCUUGGUGAUCGGCUCUGACGGCCUCUGGGAGACCCUCCACAGACAGGAGGUGGUCCGCGUUGUGGGCGAGUACUUAACGGGGGUGCACCAGCGUCAGCCUCUCAAAGUCGGAGGCUACAAGGUCACCCUGGGACAGAUGCAGGGGCUCCUCGACGAGAGGAAGGCUAGAGUUUCUUCGUCUUUCGAGGAUUACAACGUAGCGACCCAUCUGAUGCGUCACGCGGUGGGAAACAACGAGUUUGGCACGGUGGACCACGAGAGGCUGUCAAAGAUGCUGUCUCUGCCCGAGGAGCUGGCUCGCAUGUACCGUGAUGACAUCACCAUCAUCAUCUCUCAGUUCAACCCCCAUGUGAUCGGAGCACAGAGACAGGAAGGGCAGUCCUGAGCUGGGUUCACACUGACGAGUACACACACUCGUGUAAAUGUGUACAGCAGAUCUACACGUAAGCAGACACUGUGGACAAACUAAGUUGAUAUCUGAAUUACUUAGUUUUAUCUCUAUUUAUGUACAGAAUUUGUAUGUUUUUAGACAUUACUACAGCUGAUCCAGUUUCUUAUGUUAAGUUAAAGAUCACCCUUUAAAAGUCUGGAUGGAGAUCUCUUACACAACAUGUUAUUUAUUACUAUAAUCUCUAUCAGAGUUUCAUACAUGCUCAUGAGCGAGGCUAAGAAGAAGCCGUUUCGAAUGGAUUCUUGUGCCAAAAGAUUCGACCUCCCACUUCUGAAAGUGCAGUUGAAAAUAUAAAUUCCAAAGAGGGUGAAGGUUGGGACUUGAGAGGGAAGAGGCCUUGUGGCGCUGACUCAAACUGGUCUGUGCUACGAUAAUAAGACACUCUCAUCUUCUGCUAUCUGGUUUUGACACAAACAUCCCAGGCAAAAUCCUUUUCACUCUGUGGGGCUGUUUCUGCGUCUGAGGGAUCGAUGUUACAACAGAUGUUACAUAUGAGACUAAUAUCAUUCAAACAUACACUUUUUAUUAAGUAUUUUUCCCUGGAGUGGGUAUUUGGAUGAUGAUGUUGACACACUGGAUUUCCUGUGAAACAACGUUUAAUAGGACAUUCAUAUCCAUAUUGGAUCGACGGUGUAGAACCCACAAUGCAUCUGAUUUAAAAAAAAAUACCCUUCAAUUUAAGUUGAAAAAUCACAGUGAAGGGGUUUCAGGCCUGUGUGGAUCCCAAGAUGUGUUUCAAGAUAAAAUAUCACAUUAAAUAAUCCUGUUACACAAAUGUUUGCUUCUUAAAUAUACAGAAAUACUUUGACCUAUUUGGGUGUUUUAAAAAUCCUUUUAAAUGAAAUAACUGAGAUGGAAUGUGGUUCAGCUGCUUACACCCAAUGUUCGGAGCAGGCUAUAACCUGUGAUGAGCAAAGCAAAUAGACGGCGCUUCCUUUUUAGAGGGUCUCGAGGCAAAAAGGUUGAACCACUGAGCUGGAUUUCGUUCUUGUUGCGAACCCAGUGGGCUGGAGUCAAAUAUUCACAGUACGAGUCCUGAACUCCAUCACUAUAAGCAGACUGAUGUACUGGGCUUUUCUGUGAGACUAUCCUGUGAUUAUUGUCGGGCUUGUUUGGUAAAAAAAGUAGGAACAAAAUGAAGUAUUGUCCAUUACUUCUUUGGUUGGAGAGUCGGUUGUAGAUGGAAAUCAGUGCAUGUGUUAGUGAACCUCUGAACUGACUUACUGAAGCUUUACCCCAGUCAGGGCAUCUGGUUACAGCAGCAGCGAUGCUUCAUCUUCUGAGGGGUUGGAGUAAAAGAAAUUUCUUGUCCAAGCUCGUUUGGGUUAAAAGGGACUCCUGUUGCCUUAUGUUAUUUUCCUGGCUGGUUAUUCUAUAGGCUGUAUGAAUAACCUUUUCUUACAGAUUUAAUUAUUCCUGACAGCAGCAGCGGUGAACGUAUAGAAGCCGACCACACUCCUCUCUCUCUCCAGUUUAACACUUUUCACAGGGACUUGUUUUGCGCCCAAACGAGAAUGUAAAUGUUUGCAUCGCGCUGUUUGAAUAUUAUUAAAGAUAUUUUAUUAAGCUUGAGUGUUACGUUACACAAGUUCAUCUGCAGUUUUAUGUAUAAAUUGUAACUUAUGUGGAUUAAGUUUUGUAUAUGGAGCAGUUUAAUAAAACACUGAAUACUCA